AUGGCUGCUGCGGCUCCCACCAUCACAGCUGCAUCCCGGCCAACGGUUACCGAGCAAGGCGAGGGCCCCCCCCCUGUUCCCAUUGAGGGCAGUCAUUCUGCCCGCCUUCCAUUGGCCAGUCCUUUCGCCACGCCAGCUGAGGACAACCACAGCUACUAUGUGUCUCGUCUGUACGGCCCCAGCGAGCCUCGCAGCCGGGAGCUGUGGGUGGACGUGGCCAAGGCCAACCGGAGCCACGUGAAGGUCCACAGAAUCCUCUCCAACACCCACCGGCAGGCUUCGAGAGUGGUCUUGUCCUUCGAUUUCCCUUUCUACGGGCAUCCUCUGCGGCAGAUCACCAUAGCAACCGGAGGCUUCAUCUUCACUGGUGACGUGACCCAUCGGAUGCUCACGGCGACUCAGUACGUGGCCCCGCUCAUGGCCAACUUCAACCCCGGCUACUCCGACAACUCCACAGUGGCUUACUUUGACAAUGGGACCGUCUUUGUUGUUCAGUGGGACCAUGUCUACCUCCAAGGCCGGGAGGACAGGGGCAGCUUCACCUUCCAGGCGGCUCUGCACCGUGACGGCCGCAUUGUGUUUGGCUACAAAGAGAUCCCCAUGUCUGUCCUGGAAAUCAGCUCCUCCCAGCACCCCGUCAAAGCCGGCCUAUCGGACGCCUUCAUGACGCUCAAUACGUCCCCGGACGUUCCAGAAUCCCGGCGAAGGGCCAUCUUUGAAUACCACCGUGUGGAGCUGGACCCCAGCAAGGUCACCAGCACGUCGGCCGUGGAGUUCACCCCAUUGCCAACCUGCCUGCAGCAUCGAAGCUGCGACGCCUGCGUGUCCUCCGAACUGACCUUCAACUGCAGCUGGUGCCACGUCCUCCAGAAGUUGUGCCGGACUGUCCUCCGGUCCCCGCGGGCAGCCU